AUGGUGAGCUGGUUUAUGGAAGUCAUCAAGAUAUGGGGACUCAGGUAUGGUGAGCUGGUUGAUGAAAGUGAUGAAGAUAUUGGGACUCAGGGUGCAGCCUUGACGUGUGCCACUGUUACUUUUGAAUAUGGUGAGCUGGUUGAUGAAAGUGAUGAAGAUAUUGGGACUCAGGGUGCAGCCUUGACGUGUGCCACUGUUACUUUUGAAUAUGGUGAGCUUGUGGAUGAAAGUGAUGAAGAUAUGGGGACUCAGGGUGCAGCCUUGACGUGUGCCACUGUUACUUUUGAAAAUGGUGAGCUGGUUUAUGAAAGUGAUGAAGAUAUGGGGACUCAGGGUACACCCUUGACGUGUGCCACUGUUACUUUUGAAUAUGGUGAGCUGGUUUAUGAAAGUCAUGAAGAUAUGGGGACUCAGCCACUGUUACUUUUGAGGUAUGGUGAGCUGGUUGAUGAAAGUGAUGAAGAUAUUGGGACUCAGGAUUACAUCAAACGUGCUCCACCAGAUUACAUCAAACGUGCUUCAGCAGAUUACAUCAAACUUGCUUCUACAGAUUGCAUGAAACGUGCUUCUACAGAUUACAUCAAACAUGCUCCACCAGAUUAUAUCAAACGUGCCUCACCAGAUUACAUCAAACGUGCUUCGCCAUAUUACAUCAAACGUGCUACCACAGAUUACAUCAAACGUGCUUCACCAGAUUACAUCAAACGUGCUUCACCAGAUUACAUCAGACGUGCUCCACCACAUUACAUCAAACGUGCUUCACCAGAUUACAUCAAACAUUACAUCAAACGUGCUCCACCAGAUUACAUCAAACGUGUUUCACCAGAUUACAUCAAACGUGCUACCACAGAUUACAUCAAACGUGCUUCACCAGAUUACAUCAAACGUGCUUCACCAGAUUACAUCAGACAUGCUCCACCACAUUACAUCAAACGAGCUCCACCAGAUUACAUCAAACGUAAUCCACCAGAUUGCAUCAAUCGUGCUUCAACAGAUUACAUCAAACGUGCUUUUACAGAUUACAUCAAACAUGCUCCACCAGUUUAUAUCAAACGUGCCUCACCAGAUUACAUCAAACGUGCUACCACAGAUUACAUCAAACGUGCUUCACCAGAUUACAUCAAACAUGCUCCACCAGAUUACAUCAAACGUUCUCCACCAGAUUACAUCAAACGAGCUCCACCAGAUUACAUCAAACGUAAUCCACCAGAUUGCAUCAAUCGUGCUUCAACAGAUUACAUCAAACGUGCUUUUACAGAUUACAUCAAACAUGCUCCACCAGUUUAUAUCAAACGUGCCUCACCAGAUUACAUCAAACGUGCUACCACAGAUUACAUCAAACGUGCUUCACCAGAUUACAUCAAACAUGCUCCACCAGAUUACAUCAAACGUUCUCCACCAGAUUACAUCAAACGAGCUCCACCAGAUUACAUCAAACGUAAUCCACCAGAUUGCAUCAAUCGUGCUUCAACAGAUUACAUCAAACGUGCUUUUACAGAUUACAUCAAACAUGCUCCACCAGUUUAUAUCAAACGUGCCUCACCAGAUUACAUCAAACGUGCUACCACAGAUUACAUCAAACGUGCUUCACCAGAUUACAUCAAACAUGCUCCACCAGAUUACAUCAAACGUUCUCCACCAGAUUACAUCAAACGUGCUCCACCAGAUUACAUCAAACGUGUUUCACCAGAUUGCAUUCAAACGUGCUCCACCAGAUUACAUCAAACGUGCUCCACCAGAUACAUCAAACGUGCUCUACCAGAUUAUAUCAAACGUGCACCACCAGAUUAUAUCAAACGUGCUUCACAAGAUUACAUCAAACAUGCUCCACCACAUUACAUCAAACGUGCUUUACCAGAUUACAUCAAACGUGCUCCACCAGAUUACAUUAAACGUGCUCCACCAGAUUACAUCAAACGUGCUCCACCAGAUUAUAUCAAACGUGCUCCACCAGAUUACAUCAAACGUGCUUCAACAGAUUUCAUCAACCCUGCUUCGCCAAAUUACAUCAAACGUGCUUCUACACAUUACAUCAAACGAGCUAUACCAGAUUACAUCACACGUGCUUCACCAGAUUGCAUCAAACAUGCUUCUACAGAUUACAUCAAACGUGCUCCACGAGAUAACAUCAAACGUGCUUCACCAGAUUACAUCAAACGUGCUCCAGCAGAUUGCAUCAAACGUGCUUCAGCAGAUUACAUCAAACGUGCUCCACCAGAUUAUAUCAAACAUGCUCCACGAGAUAACAUCAAACGUGCUUCACCAGAUUGCAUCAAACGUGCUCCACCAGAUUACAUCAAACGUGCUUCAACAGAUUACAUCAAACGUGCUCCACCAGAUAACAUCAAACGUGCUCCACCAGAUUACAUCAAACGUGCUUCAACAGAUUACAUCAAACGUGCUCCACCAGAUAACAUCAAACGUGCUUCGCCAGAUUAUAUCAAACAUGCUUCAACAGAUUGCAUCAAACGUGUUUCACCAGAUAUAACCGAAUACACUUAA